ACGAGUGAUCUAGUGUGCGCCUGUCACUGCAUCGCACUGACAGCUAGCAGUUCGAAAACAUAAGCGUCGUAUUUAGUGAAUUAUUGAGAAAAACUGGAAGUGAUUCGUCUAUUUUCAAGUGUCAACGUGUCAUUCCUUUCAUUUCACACACGCAUGAUUUCAAAAGUUGUUUUGGGCCUAGCAUCAUGCGGUAAUGUUUGUAAAGGGUGUGACAGCUCCGCAUGGCCUGCCGUCGCAGCCAGCAACAGCAGCAGCACCACCGCCGCCACAAGCAGCAGCAACAGCACCAUGGUGAAGACGUUCCAGGCCUACCUGCCACAAUGCCACCGCACCUACUCGUGCAUCCACUGUCGGGCCCAUCUCGCCAAUCACGACGAGCUCAUCUCAAAGUCAUUCCAAGGCAGCCAAGGCCGGGCUUAUUUGUUCAAUUCAGUAGUGAACGUGGGCUGCGGCCCCGCCGAGGAAAGAGUACUGUUAACAGGUCUUCAUGCCGUCGCCGACAUUUACUGUGAAUGUUGCAAGACGACUUUGGGCUGGAAAUAUGAGCACGCUUUCGAGUCCAGCCAGAAAUACAAAGAGGGCAAAUUCAUCAUCGAACUAGCACAUAUGAUCAAAGAAAACGGAUGGGACUGACGUUAUUGAAUCUCGUUUCGCGACGAAAAUGCAGAAAAAAAAUAAAGGACUGUCACGAAAUAAUUUCUGUUUUCUCGACUGGACUUAACUCUCGACAUUCGUUCGGGACGAUUUUUCUAUUUUGCCAUCGUGUCUUUUGAUUUCGAGCCUUUAAAAAGCCAAAUGAUUUUUGAUUUUUUGGAAGUUGGUGACGUCGGACCAGGGAGUUUAUAUGUCAAUUUUCGGGUGAAUGAGGACGGGCACUGCGACUAUACCUAAAACCUUCAAAUCUUCACGACAAUUCAGCUCUUUUGAAAGCAUUCUGUGGUAGAUGAACUGUGUCUGUGGUAAUGAAUCUGUGGUAACGAAUGCUGUGCACUGAUAUCACUAUUUAGGACUUUCGACGGCGGUCUCGUAUUUGCGAAAGACAGAUUUCAGUGCAUAUUUAGAAGUAAUUUAUUUAUAUAUUUCGUGUAUCACAUGGUUUUCUAACCGUAACUAGAGUUAAGAUGUUCGUUUUGUUUACUUGUAUUUCAUUAAUGAGCAGGCAACAAAAUUGUAGGCGACUAAAUUCACACUUGAAAAUGUUCCUAUUUUUCAAGACGAUGCUCACAUGUUGAUCUCAACGACACCUACAAUUCUGGCUAAACUGCUCAUACGAUAAAUCUAUAACCACAACAAUAAAUAAAUUAGUUUGUAAUGCAAUGUAACACAUAUUUUUGUAUUUAUAAUCGUAAUACUUAUCUUUGUAUGCAAAAAAAAAAACGGACAACUUAAAAAACUUUCAAAGACUGAUCUUUCAAGGUCAGUCUUUGAAAGUUGAAAUUUUGUGAUAGUUUCUUUGUGAUAUAUUUUUCUCGUGUUGAAGAAUUGCUCUUUUGACCCCUUAGAAUCCCCCAUUGUUUAUUUUUAAGCAAUUCUUCAUCAUUCUCUUAAGUUAGUGUGACUCUAGUUACUUUAUAAUCGAAAACCUAAUAGUUGUAAGAUCACGCGGCAAUCUCACGUUUCAUUCAUACUGCCAGUAGCAUUAGCGGUGUCAUUUAUGUCAUAUAUUUAUGGUAACAUAAUCUUUUGUAUUGUUUUUAGAUUAGUUAUACAUUUUUUUAAGUUAAUAAGCCUCCAUUUUAAAAUGGACUUAAUUUAUUAUACAACUGGGUUAUGAAACUUGAUUUUUUGUGACUCAUGCGAAAUUAUUUACAUAAAUAAACGUAAAUAACCAUUC